AUGAAUCCGACGAUCUCACACUACUCCGGCGCGACGAUUCCGACAACACCCACCCUCUCCGACAACAACAACAACAACUCCUACCUCCAAUUAAUUGACACACAAUGCAAAACAAUGAGAGACCUCAAACAAAUCCACGCAAACCUCAUCAAAACCGGAUUAAUCUCCGACACCCUCGCCGCGAGCCGCGUCCUCGCCUUCUCCUGCGCCACGUCACCAGACAUCAGCCACGCGUACUCCCUCUUCACAAGGAUCAACCCCAAGAACCAAUUCAUCUGGAACACAAUGAUCCGCGCCUUCUCCAAAACCUCGUUUCCAGAGAUGUCGAUUUCGCUUCUCAUCGACAUGUUGUUGUCUUCUUCUCCUGUGAAACCUGGGAGAUUGACUUACCCUUCUGUGUUCAAGGCUUAUGCUUCUCUUGGGAAGGCACGUGACGGGAGGCAGUUGCACGUGAGGGUUAUUAAAGAAGGGAUUAAAGACGACGCCUUUAUAAGGAACACGGUGUUGUAUAUGUAUGUGACUUGUGGGUGUUUUGAGGAAGCUUGGAGGGUUUUUGAAGAGAUGGUUGAGUUUGAUGUUGUUGCUUGGAACUCUAUGAUUAUGGGUUUGGGGAGAUUUGGGUUGGUUGAUGAUGCGCGGGAGUUGUUCGAUGAAAUGCCGCAGAGGAAUGAGGUUUCUUGGAAUUCGAUGAUUAGUGGGUUUGUGAGGAAUAAUAGGUUUAAGGAUGCGUUGAGGGUUUUUGGAGAGAUGGAGAAGGAGAGAGGUGUGAAGCCUGAUGGGUUUACGAUGGUGAGUUUGUUGAAUGCUUGUGGUUGUCUUGGGGGAAGUGAGCAAGGGAGAUGGGUACAUGAGUAUAUAGUGAAGAAUGGGUUUGGGUUGAAUGGUGUGGUUGUUACUGCGAUUAUAGAUAUGUAUUGUAAGUGUGGGUGUGUUGAGGAAGGUUUAAGGGUGUUUGAGGAGGCUCGUGAGAAGCAGUUAUCGUGUUGGAACUCGAUGAUUCUUGGUUUAGCUAAUAAUGGGUACGUGGAAAGAGCUAUGGGUUUGUUUUUGGAGUUGGAGCGUUCUGGAUUGGAGCCAGAUUCUGUUAGUUUCCUUGGUGUUUUAACAGCUUGUGUUUACUCUGGGAAAGUACAUGAAG